AUGGCCGAAGAAACAGCAACCAAAAAGCUUAAGACUUCCUCGCCCUUGAUCGGCACUCACAGUGGUCAUUUCCACGCCGAUGAGGCCUUGGCGGUCUAUCUCUUGCGUCUGCUGCCUACCUACGCGUCCUCUCCCCUUCUCCGGACUCGGGAUCCGGCCCAGUUGGAGACAUGCCACACCGUCGUCGACGUUGGUGGCGUGUACGAUGCCUCCAUCAACCGCUUUGAUCAUCACCAGCGCACCUUCGACACCGUCUUCCCCCAGUUCAAGACCAAGCUGUCCUCCGCCGGCCUUGUAUACAUGCACUUUGGCCGGGCCAUCAUCGCGCAACACAUGUCUCUUCCCGAGGACCACGCCGAUGUCGAUUUGCUGUACAAGAAGCUCUAUGCCGACUUCAUCGAGGCCAUUGAUGCCAACGACAACGGCAUCUCCGCUUACGACCAGUCUGCCGUCGCCGCUGCCGGCCUGGAGAAGCGCUUCAAGGAUUACGGUGUCACUCUCGCCUCCAUUGUUGGCGACAUGAACAACCCGGACCCCACUAGCCCCCCCGGCGAGCCCCAGGAUGAAGACAGCCUCUUUGGCCGCGCCAGUACCCUCAUCGGCAAGGUGUUCACGCGCAAGUUGCAUCACGCCGCCAACUCAUGGCUGCCUGCCCGCACGACCGUCGGCAAUGCCUAUGCCUCCCGCACCGAGGUUCACCCCUCCGGCCGCAUCAUGGUGCUGCCCAAGGGCGGCGUUCCCUGGAAGGAGCACCUCUACAACUUUGAGCGUGAAGCCUCUGCCGGUGCAGACUCUCAGGUCUACUAUGUCUUGUACCCCGAGAGCUCAGCAGAGGACUCCAAGUGGCGUGUGCAGUGUGUGUCUACCUCCGAGAGCAGCUUCGAGUCUCGGAAGCCGCUCCCCGAGGCGUGGCGCGGCGUGCGUGAUCAGGAUUUGGAUGGCCUGAUUGCGUCCGAGUCCGAGAAGAAUGGUCAGCCCAAGCUUCCCGAGGGUGCUAUUUUCGUCCAUGCUAGUGGUUUUAUCGGAGGGCACCAGACCAAGGAGGGUGCUAUGGCCAUGGCUGUGCGCAGUCUUGACUAA